AUGGGUUUUACGAAUCACUUUGAUGCCCGCGGCAAGUCCGUGAUUGUGGCUGGAGGGUCCAAAGGCCUUGGACAAGAACUGGCCCUGCAGCUUGUUGCACGUGGAGCGGACGUCACCGUGCUCGCUCGUUCUCUCCCUAGUUUGAAGGAAACAAAGAGGCUGAUGGAACAGCAUCUAUUGGUUCCUGGACAAACAGUUGACUGUCAGAGCCUAGACCUGACAGACAAAGCCGCAGUCGUUGAAUACAUCUCUUCUCUGGAUGAGCCGCCUUGGGCAUUGGUCUGUGUUGCAGGCGGCACAGCCGAAGAAAUCGGGUUUCUGGCCGACAUUUCCCCUGACGCUAUUAGCUCCUGCAUGACCAAGAACUAUGUGUCAUCGGCUUAUAUUGCCCAGGCUGUGCUUAAGCGCUGGGUCACUCCAACAUCGGAACAAAAGUCCAACAGGGUAGACAGUCGCCACCUCGUUUUCACUGCAUCUACUGCCGCACUUGUCUCUGUUCCUGGUUAUGCGGCUUACGCACCAACCAAGGCGGCUAUCCGCUCACUUGCAGACAUCUUGCGUCAAGAGGUUCUGAUGUAUCAGUCAGUUCCUCCUAUCAAAGUUCACUGUUCUUUCCCGGGGACCAUAUACACGGAGAGUUUCUUCCAGGAGCAACAGGCCAAGCCUCACUUAUGUAAACAAAUCGAGGGCACACUGGAUGAUAAGGGUGGUAUGACGGCGAAAGAAGUCGCCAGGCUAACCUUGCAAGGCCUUGACAGAGGGCAAUUCUUUAUAACGCCCGAUUUCCAAACGAGGCUUCUGUUGAAUAAUAUGCGGGGCCCAAGUCCUCAGUAA